AACGUAGUGAAGGGGAGGGUUUCAAAGAGCAAGAAGGGGUUGUUAAUCACAUGGGGAGAGAAGAAAGGAGAUUAGCAGGGUGACUUUCACCCUGCAACAGUCACCCUGGAGUGCUCUGGUGAAGGAUUAAGAGUAUUACCAGUUUUCUGAUGAAGAAAAGAACAUAUUUGGUCACCAGCAAUCUGCCUUUGACCAUCCUCAAAGCCAAGAUUUUCAUCGCUGUCUAGAAAAAUACCUCAUUCAGAGGACACAUAUGUCCUGUUUGAAUGUCUUCUUUUUGGGAGCAGUGGGAGAAAGAAACUUAGAGAUGUAGAAAGAAUUAAUAAUAUAAAGGAAAGAAAGAAGGCAAAAGGUAGCAAAUGUGGGGGCCAUAGAAAUAGUAAUAAGAAUAGAGAAGAAAACCAGGAAAUCAAAAGGGGAGGCAAAGGCCAUAGACAGUAACAGCCAGAGAGAAGAAGAGAAGAUGGAGAAAGAGAGAGUGAAAAGCUGAUAAAUCGCUGAGAACACUUUCUCUCCUUGAGAAUUCUCAGUCAAGAAAUCUCAUAUGGCACAGAGCACGGAAAGGAGGCAAUGGAUGCCCAGUGCAAGAUUCUGAAGAAGCCGGAAUUCAGCCCGAUGGGAGUCCGAGUUCACGUCGUGGCAGCCUCUGCCCUGGUGCAUUUCAUCUUGCUUUCUGGGACAAGAUGCGAGGAAAUCUGUGGCAACCCUGAACAUUGCCUAACCACAGACUGGGUACAUCUCUGGUAUAUAUGGUUGCUGGUGGUAAUUGGCGCGCUGCUUCUCCUGUGUGGCCUGACGUCCCUGUGCUUCCGCUGCUGCUGUCUGAGUCGCCAGCAAAAUGGGGAUGAUGGGGGCCCACCACCCUGUGAAGUCACCGUCAUUGCUUUCGAUCAGGACAGCACUCUCCAGAGCACUAUCACGUCUCUGCAGUCGGUGUUUGGCCCUGCAGCUCGGAGGAUCCUGGCUGUGGCUCACUCCCACAGCUCCCUGGGCCAACUGCCCUCCCCUUCGGACACCCUCCCAGGGUAUGAAGAAGCUCUUCACAUGAAUCGCUUCACAGUAGCCAGGUGUGGGCAGAAAGCACCUGAUCUACCCCCAGUCCCUGAAGAAAAGCAGUUGCCUCCAAUAGAGAAGGAGUCAACGUGAAUAGGACCCUCUUGGAACUGAUGGGAGCUGUGAUUUUAUAAAUAGGGGUAGAGUAUGCCCAGAGUCUGUGGGUAAAUGGAACAUAUUCUCUGCUAACCCUCAGAAGUUUUAGGAUGGCAUCUGACACCAUCAUUCUAUGGGAAAGAUGGGUUCUGACUCUUCAUGAGCCUUUAUAUUUUCUGAUACAGAAUGCUCUAACUGGGAACUCUAAUUUUUUAUCCAAUGGUUGAAAUCUGCAAGUAAUCUCUAGUCACACUGAUUACUAAUAAACUGGGAAAUCAUCAAGGUGUCUUCAAUCCCUUCAACAAUUGAGUGCAUAUAAAAUUCCUGUACCCAAAUGAUACUGCAAGUUGCAUUUCUCUCUGUCAGCUAAUCCAUUGUGGUAAACUGGAAAAGAAAGACAACAGCGUCAGCACAACCAUUGACAUUAAUGCACUGAAUGCAUUCAUCUUUCCUCCUGAGACAGCAAUAGAUUUUACCCUGAAUGACAAUGAUCAUCUUAGCACAACAUACCCACCCAGAUAUCUAAAAUCCAGGGAUGAGAUUGCUGACAUGGGCUAAGAUGAUACAGUAUAGUAUUCAAGUGCCAAAUAUCAGUCUUUCUCUCUGUUCCUACCCAUCAGCAGUAUGAAACACUCCAUACUGUGCAAGUAACAGGUUAAUUCUUCAGUUCCUCUGCACUGCAAACACCUACGUGUGCACACAUGCAUGUACACAUGAAUCCAGUUUCAACUUGAAAGGAAUAGCAGUUGCUUUGCUGCUUUCCUGUUUUGUCUGGACCACCUAAAGCCACAACACCCCUAUAGUGACACACGCUUUUCUCUAGUGGUGGCCCUCACUGCCACCUAGUGGAGGCAUGGUGGAAAAUACACUCUCUCCUUUGAGCCUAUCUGCAAUUCUCUCCAGUUGCUGGAGCAAAAAGUAAGUGCUGAACUAAGCCUGGAUGGGAUGCUUCCCAAUCUAUGCAUGUAACAUACUACGACCAGAAGUAUAAUUAUUGGAAAAUCGAAAAGUGGUGCACAUUUGGGGAAAAACUACUCACCUUAGAUAAGUCACUGAAAUCCUCUUUCUGUUGA